GUUGGCCGCGCUGCCGCUCGCGCCUCUGUGGGCGAAGGUUCGACCAACACAGCGCGCGUGUAUCCCUCCGCCUUGCCAGGAUGAGAGUUGCUGUUCGGCAGCGCCCCGUCUCCUCGCGGCUUCAGCCAGGGACCCCUUUUCUAGGACGGGGGGCGCGAGCAGCUUGACCCCCACCCCUUGUCUCCCGAAACACAGCUCCAUGGGGACCAAAAUAGCGGGGUUGGUGCCCCUGAGAGACACCUGAGGGGCCUGGCAGCGCUUCUCCCUAUGGCGCCCAAAAGUUCUAGAGGCGCCCAGGAAGCCCAACUCAACCCGAAAUGGCUUUUUUGUGUGUGUCCAGGCAGACGAAUGAGUUGGGUGGUCUUUUGUUUUCCUCCCAGUUUAUGGACUCCUUCAGCACCUUAAAGGUCUUGAGACCUAAAGACAGCAAGUUGGCAGGCCAGACUCCAUGGUUUCAAAACUCAACAAGGGCUAUCAUGGGCUUGACUUGGGGCAAAGGCCCUUCACCCUUUCCAAGUGCAGAUGCUGAGCAUUGCCCUGUCUGGAUUGUGUCGAAAGGAUUAACUUGGAAAUGGCUAGGAAGCACUUCCUGCAGAAUGAGAGAGAGAGUGGGAGGGAGAUUGCUUUGUUGUUGACUGCCAUCUUGUUUUGCUUGGGUGUAGCCUUGCACCAAAAAAGACUUGCCAAGAUAAUCCUCUCUUGCUCACAACAAAGUACUGAGCUGAUUUUGGUUGCUGAUAUUUAUGAUUGUGUUACCAUAGGACUGAAGUUAAGUAGCAUGCGUUGCUGCAGCUUGAAAGAAGUUAUUUGGAAAGGAAAACCAACAAAGCCAAAUGUUCAUGAAAAUUCCUUAAGAUAGUGCAAAGAUUCUUCUUAUAUAACCAUGGAAAUGUGCUAAUCAUUUUUGUUCUCACUGGUCGUCUCACUAAAUUAUAGUGAGUGAUAUAUUGCUGUAUAAUAAUAUAGUGGGAUGUACCUAUGUGGAUAAUUUGUAAGAUGGACCUGUAUUACAACUUAAGUUGAGAAAAUUCUAAAUCUGCCAGUCCAGUCUUGCUCACAUAAACUUGAGAUGUGAAAACAACAAAGGCUUGGUUCUGAAAUAAGAUACUACCAGAAGUUGCAGUGUUACAAGUAGACACAUUUUAUACAAUCUAUGGAGAUAAUUUGUCUUUGCUAUUCCUUCAACUCUUGCAAAAUAUGGGAUACUUUGUAUAGGGAAUUGAUCAGUAGACUUGAGACAUCUCUUUUAAAAAAGGUGACUACAUUGCAUGUAGGUUACAAUGCUGAACCAAGAAUAAUAGUUUGUAAGAUUGAUUUAUUGGGUUUGUUUUUUGCCAUUAAAAUAAUGCAUGUUUUGGUAACUAUAUUCUAGGCUUCAGCCUGUAUAAGGAGAUACUAAAAUUGUUCUAAAUUUGAGGUUUGGGUUUUUUUGCUUUUGUUUAGGUAUAUCUGCUUUUAAUCUUUGGGCAGAGUGAUUUAGCCUGUUAAGUUCCUUCUCUGGUCCCCAUGACACAUACCUCUGCAUAGAACAGACCUCUUUCUCUGUGAAAGAUUUCAUGCUUCUGAUUGUGUACUCUGGUUUUCAAGUUGCUGCUGUCUAGAAAAUCCUAAAUUUAAACAGUUUUUUUUUACUUGUAAGUAAUCUAAUCUGGGGAAGCGGGAAGUGAGCAGAGCAGUCCUACUGGGUGGGAAAGAUCUGUGGCAGAGCGACUUCCAUUUUCAAAGCCUUGCUGGCUUCCGCAGAAGGAUUUUUUGUACAUUGAAUGCAGUGUCUUUUGACCCUCUGUUUUAUGCCUUUCAUCUCUUGGAAAAGAAAAGUAUUGAACAGACUACUGAAGAAUGGAUUUUUAAUCUUUUUAAACAAGUGAAGCAUCUUUUUAAAUCUACUUAAUUGAGAUUUCUGCCUCUGUGUUAAGCAGUCCAUCAUGUCCAAAUGUGUAGAAUAUGGGGCGAUCAUAGGAAACUGGGUGAAGAUUGACUUACUGAUCACCUUGGAGGUGGAAGGCCAGGAACAUAACUAGAUUUACUAAACUGAGGAAAUCCUGGAACUCUGAGUACUUCUGCACAAGAAUCUCUUAAAUAACGAAGAGUACAAAAAUAGUAAAUUACAGAGUACUUUAGGAAAAAUGCCAUCUGAACAAGAACCAUCCUUUUGCAUCCAAAAUACAAGUUUGUUACAUAACAAUGAGUUAGAUAGAACAAGUGUUCCUACAUUGGAUACUUCUGUUAAGGGGUAUAUAACUCAACCUGCAAUUUCAGAUAUUCUCACCUAUGGACUGAGAAAUGUGAAAAUAGAGCUGCCUAGGGUAAAUAUUCCAAAUGAAGUGCUAUGUACACAUGAAAUUGACAGAUACAUGAAAGUAUUUCAAUGUAAAGAAAAGCCUGCAAGAGCCUUUUCCAUGCACAUGGAUGUGAAUGGAAGCAACUUUUCUGAGACUGAUAUUCUACAUAGUAAACCAAGACUGAAUUAUGAGGAAGGAUUGAAAACAUCUGCAAAGAUACUGAAUUUUAGCUGUACCAAAUGCAGAAACAAUGUUAAGUACAGUCCAAAUGAUCUGCAGAAGCAUUUCCAGCUGUUACAUCGUGGAGAGUUGCCAUCUUACCCCUGUGAAAUGUGUAAUUUUUCAGCUAAUGACUUCCAAUCAUUUAAUCAACACCGUCGAACACAUCGUAGCACUUUAGUAAAAUGUGAAAUCUGUAAUGAUGAUAAUAGAUAUACUUUGUUGGACCUAACAAAACAUUUCACAUCUAGGCACUGUGUAAAUGGCCAUUUUCAGUGUGAAAGAUGUAGAUUUUCCACCCAUGACGUUGGCACAUUUGUUCAGCAUAUUCAUCGGCACAAUGAAAUACAAUAUAAAUGCGAUAAAUGUCACCAUGCAAGUUUUUCAAAAGAAGAAUCUCAGAAACAUGUUGCUUCACACACCGGCACAUUUCCUUUCAGUUGUCAAUAUUGUAACUACAUGGCAUCUCGGAAAAACUAUCUUUUAAAACAUAUUAUUACAUUACACAGAGACCACCUCUAUGCAAAAGAUAAAACGGAUACAGAUAACAAUGAGAAGAUGAAGAAAACUUCAACAGGACUAAAACUUAUCUUGAAAAGGUACAAAACAGGUGCAUCGAGGAAGGCCCUGUGGAGACGUAAAAGAAUGACUACUGGCAGUUGUAGAACUGGAGAAGAGGACAGACAAGUUCUCAAAAACGUGAAGGAAAUUCAGCCUAAAUCUGAAGAGCCAGGCCAGCCUACAAAAGAAUUACACCUCAGCGAAGACAACAAUCUUCUCAAUGAAAGGCAUAUCUACAGUGGGGCAAAAUCCUCUCCAGCAAUACCAUACAGUAGAGCAGAAGAUGGCUUGGGUUCUGGCGUGCUGAAAAAAGCUGUUCAUGGUCCUACAGUUUUGAUGGUUAAAAACAACAAAAUAUCUGUUCCUGCAAAUUACAGUGCUAAAUUUAUGGGCUUCAAGAUGGUUGAUGGAAAACAGCAUAUAGUAAUAAAACUGCUACCUACAGAUAAACAGAAUUUGCCAACAGAAAAUAAGGUUGAUGGGGUAAAAGAUGGUUCAACUGAAUGUCUGCAGCAGACAGCUGACAACUUCAAUUUACCUUCCGCUGCUGGACCUCAUGAAAUUAAUCAGCAAAUGUCUAGAAAUAAUUCUGUUCACUCAUUGGCAUCAUCUCCAUUGUCAUUUUCUAAUCAAUAUUCAGGAAAAAUAAAGCAAGAAAGUCCAGAUUAUUUUAGUUUGAAUACAUCUCGAACAGUAGGACCUCAUAUUGUAAUGGUAGGAAACUCUACAACUCGUCUGCCAGCAAAACCAGAUUCUUCACUUCCUUGUGAUUUUGUGGCUAAGGCUGGAAAUAGAGAUUCUUCAUGGAGGAAUUGUGUACCUCAGGACCAUUCUCAGGUUUUAUCCUCUGCUGGUGCACACAUGCUACAUUAUGACCCUAUGAAAAAAACCUUUCCUACAGAAUUAAAAGUACGGAAUGGUGAAGUAAACAACAGUAAAUACAAUAAUAUCUACUGCCCAUCAACUGAUUUUUCUAAUCAAGUACCACUGCCUUUCCAUAAUUAUUCCAAAAUAGAUACUUUGGAUAGCUCCAAACACCAUAUGUCCAACAGCGCCUUUUCUCUCCAGAGUAGGCCUGUAAAUGAAACUACUUAUCUGCAACAACAAACAGUGUUAAAUCUAGAAAGAAGAUCUUCAUUGCUGUCUCUUCAUGGCUUUGUAAAUACAAAUAAUGUUCCAGUAUUUUCAGCUAACCAAUCCAAUUAUGCUACUGACAGACAGCAUCCUAUAGAAAAUCAUCAUGGUGACCAGCAGCAUUUGAAUACAAAGGUAAAUCAAGUGUUGGAACAUGUAGCUGAAAAAUCAAAACAAGAAAAUGCCUCUAAUUGUGUAAAUACAUCACUUAUGCCUAAAAUAACAUCUGUUUUCUCACUCCAGAGUACUCAGGCAUCCAACUAUUUGUCACCUGAAGUAAACCAGUCAUUACAAGAUGUUCUAAGAGGGCAACCUGCUACUCAGCCACUCAACUAUAUAAAAACUGGUUAUGACAACUCAUUUCCAAAUAAUAAAAUGGAGUGUAAAACAUUUGCACACUUCAGAGAUUCAACUGCUGCAUGCAGUUUAACUAAUUCUCCUGUUAAAUUCAAGAGAGAGUUGAAUGUGAAUGGCAGUGCAAUGAAUGAAGGUGUGUAUUUUAGGAAUGAAGGACGACUCCCAGUGAUGGCUCAUAGAACAGAUGAAAUGCAUUCUACUUCAAGGACAACAGGCAUUGGUGCAUUGCUUAAAAGUCAAACAGAUUCAAUUUUAGCACAGCAGUUGGAAAAACACAAGAUGCACUACAGUUUGAAUGUCCCUAAUGCUAUCCGUCCAAUGCUUCCAGAACAGAAGAAAUCAGUGCUACUUCAGUCAUCUCUCCCAAGGUUUUUUGUACCCUUGCGGCUUGCCCAUCAACAAGGAUUACAUGUUAUUUCAGGGAAGCCGUCUCCAAAAAACAGUUCAUCAGAUGUUCAGGCAACAAGAGCUACACCUUUACUUUUAAACAAAGGACCUGGAAUGAUCUUGACUUUUGGUAGUGGCUCAAUUGGAACAAUUGCAAAUGCCACUGAAAAUAGUUCUCAGGUUUUAGAGAAAAUUGCAUCUAAAGAGUGUGGUAAAGAGGAAAUAGCUACAUCAGGUAUGAAAUUUAAAAUAGACAGCUCUGGCAGUAUAAGAAAUUAUUCUGGUGUUAGUGGGACAGCGGUUGCUUCAUCCACUGGCAUGUCAUACACGGAGCAACUUAACAUGACAAAUUCAGAGAGCAGAAUUUCUUCCGUGAAAAUACAGGCUGGACAUCAAGGCAGUAAUGUUGCUACCUUGGAGUCCAUAAAACCACCAGAGGUUGGACAAGAACAACCUGUUUAUGCACUUUUGCCUGAUGGUAGACAAGCAGUUUUUCUUAAAUGUAUGUCGCCAAACAAGUCCCUAGUACAGAAGCAUAAUGUUCUUCAGGGUACUGCUAAUGGUCAAAAUUGUGAACCAAAGAAAACUGGAGCAAUGCAACAAAAGCUUUUUUUGAAAAUUAAGACCUUUCCUGCUGCUGACAAUUGUCAGCCAAUUAGCAACAUUAAGUCAUCCUUACAGUUCAAUAAUAUGCAUUCCCUUAAUAGUCCUGCACUAGAUCAGAAAAAGGCAGCUUUUUCUUCUAGCAAUGCCUUACUGCUUCCAGGUACAUUGAUGCCAGCAAAUGCCUGUUUGGCAAGUGAUAAAUCAAAGGAUCCUAUUACUUCUGUAGAAUCUGUAAAUUCCCUUAGGAAUUUAAAGACACGGUCACAAAAGAUUCCAUCUGAUUCAGCACAAACAGUUAGUGCUAACAAAGGGAACGCUUUUGGAACCCAGAUGUCAACCGGGCCACCAACAAACAAAUUUUCAAAAGCUAAACGUCAUUCAAAGCAAACUGGUGCUAAAGUUUCUGAUGCUAUGGUUUCACAGAAGAACAGGAAUUUGAAACGGAAAGUUAAAGAUGUCCUUCAAGAACCUCCUAGAAAGAAAAUGUUGCAUCGAAAAUGUAAAGCGAAAAAUCAAAUGGAUGUGAAUGAAUUUGAAUCCUUAAUUCGCGCCCCUUGUAGACCAAGAUUGUCAAAAGACACUGUGAGGAUUCUAAAGCUACUUCCAUUUAAUUCCAAACAAUUAAUCAAAUGCCCCCGAAGAAAUCAGCCAGUUGUAGUGCUAAACCAUCCUGAUGCAGAUGUUCCAGAAGUUGUAAAUGUUAUGAAGACUAUUGCUAAAUUUAAAGGACAUGUGCUAAAGGUCUCCUUGUCAAAGAGAACUAUUGAUGCUCUUUUGGAGCCAGCAGAUUAUAACAGUUUGUACAUAAUUACUAAUGAUCUCUCUCGAAGAAAACGCAAAAUGCUCAAACCUGUAAGUCCUGUAAAAGAAAGGUUUGUUUUAAAAUUAACACUGAAGAAGACGAGCAAAAACAAUUAUCAGAUUGUGAAAACUACCUCUGAUAAUACGCUGAAAACUAAAUUUAGGUGCUGGUUUUGUGGGAGGAUAUUUGACAAUCAGGACAAUUGGGUAGGACAUGGACAGCGUCAUCUAAUGGAAGCCACUCGAGACUGGAAUUCAUUAGGGUAAUUUAUUGUGAUGACUGAAAAAGACAAAAGAGCUCAUCUGCUUGCAGAUUAUUUUGGAUGACAGCAUCAAAAUGAUGUUUUUAAAAGAGAAACAAAUGUGUUAACACCUAAAAUUAUCCUGUAUGAAUUUAAUUUAAAUAGCUUCAAUUGCAGUUCAAAUUGCAUUUUGUUACUACUAUCAUGUGAUAUAUUUAGAGAAUGAAUUUCAGGGCUUUUGUUAUGUAUAUAUUUAAAAAUCAAAGUGUGUACAUAUUUUUAUACUUCAGUUAUUUGCUAUAAAAUCUUGCACAGGAAUUGUAUUUUUUCAGCUCUGUGCAUGCACUACUAAAAAAAUGUUUUUCAGCUACACACAGCUAUUGCCGUAUUUUUCCUCGCUCUUUCAAGACAACCCCCCUUUUCUUUUCCAGGGAUGAACACUGUUGUUAGCAAGUGCCUAAAAGAUGUGAAGCAGUUUACUUUGUGUCAACUGUAUAACCACAGGCCCUCAUAGGGCCAGGUUUUCUAACAGUUUCUUUUAAACAAAGCCAUAUGUGAAUGCUUUAAGCUAUAUUGCUAUGCACAUGACACUUGUACUAUUUCUGUGCAGUUUGUCUACUUUCUUAGUGAAGUAUUUUUCAUAUAAAUCAAUAAACAUGUUAUUGUGUUUAAGCCUGAUAAUGAGAUCAGUUGUAAAUAUAAUGUAUUCACAAUUUGUACAGUACAUUGAAGAACAUUCCAAGUGGAUGUUUGACAUCCCUAUUAAAUCAGUAUGAUUUGUGUUAUACUGAAUAAUUUUGCCACCAGAUGUAUAUAAAGGGCAGCCUGUGGCUGUGGUGGCUUUGGUUUUGCUAGAAAUCGGAUUAUGGCUAUUUUUCUGUAAGUCUUUUUGUGUGGCUAGAGAGUAUAACUUAGUUUUUAAAGAGUACUCCAGUCUAGAUUUUCUUACCCCAUACAUUGAUGCCUCAUAAAAUUCUGGAGUAUUUGUCAUUCCACAAUAGGGAAGAAAACCCUCUUAUAUUUGGUUAUCUUCUGAUUUGGACAAAAAAACUCUUUGCAUUUUGAUUGUGGUCUCUUAAUUGUUGAAUAGAUUUUUGUCUUUUUGACAGUAUAGCACUGGCUGCUAUGUUCUAGAAAUGGUAUCAGGUUUUUACUCAAGAUUCUCAGGCUUUUAGUUGUGUUGAUUCACAAUCCACUAUACAAACUACUGUCCUCUUAUAGCCUGCAGUCAGUCUUUAUUUCUCCUUGUAGGCUAGAGAUUACAUCUUUAAAUUGUCUGGCCUGUUCAGAUAUUACUUAUGGGACAGAAAGGAGAGAAAUCUCAGUUUGGCAGAAGGUAUUGCUGAUUGUGCCCUCCCCCUUUGUCAUAAAAUGGAAGUUGCAAUAAUCCAUGUUGUAACACAGAACAUUGCAUCUUUGAUUUUGGAAAAAACUGCUGGACAUCUUAAGCAUUUAAAUAAGUAUAUGAUAGCCUGGAUCAAACAGUACUUUUUCUCCUAUCCCCUGCCAAAGUGAAAGGGAUAAAGAGAAAUACACCUGUCCCAACACCUACUAGUGUUGAGACAACUUUGUCCCUAGCAAGUCAAGUCUGAACAGGCAUUUUGUGAAUAAUCCGUAUUGAUAGAAAUAACAAAUACUUAAUUUUUGUGUUGUAAGGCCAGGGAGUAAUUUGAGUAUUGGCAGUGUUUCAGUACCUAAGUUAUAUAUUGGUCCUCUGUAGAAAAUUUAGACAUAUCUGAAGGGAAUGGGGCAGGGAGAAAAAUCAAGUGUAAUGAGCAGUAACAGGUUCACAUUUGUAUCUUUAACUUUUUCCAGUGUUUAAACAGUUCCUACAAAGUAAGGUAUCUCAGGAAAAUGAUGUGCUUUUAAACAAGAAAUGCAACUCAGAAUUACCUCUUAAAAAUUCCCCUGCAUAUGCUUGGUGUUAAUAAAUUUGUUAUAGAGAU